AUGAUAAAAACGAAAAAAAACCUAUCAUCGGAAGAGACCACGGAUUCCAUCGAACUUCAACAGCCUGAUACAAGCCCCGAGCAAUUGGAAUCUGCUACCGAAAAACAGGAGCACGACCCUGACAUUGACGGUGGGUAUGCUUGGAUCAUAUUGUUUGCUUGUGUUCUAUUCAAUUUCUGUACUUGGGGAAUGAAUUCAGGAUUUGCAAUUUAUUUUGCCAAUUACUUAUCACAGGGCACAUUCAAAGGAGCCGACAAAAUGGACUAUAGUUAUAUUGGAGGAAUGGCAUUUGGUGUCGGCAUAUUUUUUUCUCCAGUAAUCACUGUCUUGAUGGGAGUAUUGGGAUUUAGAUCAGUGCUUAUCAUCGGUAAUUGUCUUCAGUUUGCUUCUUUGAUGUUGGCCAGUUGGUCAACAAAACUUUGGCAGUUGUACUUGACCCAAGGAUUAAUGCAGAGUUUUGGCUUAGCAUUUAUUUCAAUCCCGACAAUCACAAUCUUGCCACAAUUUUUCAAGAAAAAAAGAGUGCUAGCUGGUGGAAUAGGUUCUGCUGGAUCUGGUUUGGGGGGUAUUGUUUUCAACUUGGCAAUGCAAAAAGUUGUUGACACCAAGAAUGUGCAUUGGGCUUUAAGGGCACAAAGUAUAAUUGCAUUUGGAUUGACUUGGAUUGCUAUUGUGCUUGUCAAAACAAAGAAUUCAAAACAUAAUAUCCAAUUCAAGCUAUUUGAUUUCGGUGUAAUAAAAACGGCUCCAUUCUGGUUGUUGAUUUUUUUCAUCAUCACGUGUAUAUUUGGGUAUGUCAUCGUUUUAUACACAUUGGCAAACUUCACCACUAGUUUGGGUUACACCGAACGUGAAGGUUCUUAUGUUUCAGCCACCAUUCAAAUUGGCUCGUGUGUAGGCAGGCCAUUGAUGGGAUUGUUGUCAGACAAAUAUGGAGGGGCCACAGUAGCAUCGGUCGGUUACUUUAUUGCUGGUAUUUUUUGCUUAGCAAUGUGGAUUCCUGUAAGAAAUCUUGCUACCGUGAUCAUAUUUGCUCUUAUAAUGGGGGCAAUAAUGGGUGCUAUUUACGGAAUGAUUGCACCAGUAGUGGCCAGGUUGUUUGGGAUUCUGAAAAUGAAUGUUGUCUUUUCCCAGAUAUGGAGUUUUAUGGGGGUUGCCGGUUUGUUCUCGCCAGUCAUAGGUGUGAAGCUCACAAAAGGCAGUGGUGUGGGAAUUGACCCAACAAGAUAUGUAAACUGUUCAAUUUUUACAGGAGUGUGUUUUAUUGUUUGCUCCGCAACUUUAUUGAUAAUACGAGGUUACGUCAAUGCUCGUGAUCGUAUGAUGGAAAAAGAAGGACACACGGAUUCAGACUUGGCAGACUACACGGGCGUAACAGUACCGUUUGGAAGUGUCUUCCCGCUUUGUUUGGCAAAGAGUCACGAAAAAAUAUAA